AUGGGCACUCUGGAUGCUCUGGAUGCUCGGGAUACUAUUCUUACUACUCUGCCUAUUCCUAUUCUUACCACUGCGAAACCCGCUGUACUUCGGUCACUGGCGAUGCGGGAGCCGCGACACGUCAUGUCGGAGACUCCAACACAACUGCGAGCAUCACCUGUACGGGAUGUCCUCGGACCUUUGUUGCCUGAAACCGAGGAAAACCCCAGCAGAUAUAGUGAUCAUCCAGAGUGGGGAGGACUCUGA